GGUGUGCAAUACCUAUUAAAGAUGACGUGGAGCGUGUGAGGCGGCCCCCAGGCCCUGCAUUUCUUGGGUUUCUUUUGUUUCAACUUUCCGGCUUCUUGUGACGGUCCUCGUUUCUUUAACAUGACUUUCGUUGAGGCCCUAGCCUGUGUAGUAUUCGUUCUCACCAUCCCAAUUGCGUCUUGUCAGUGGUUUCAACCGCCCACAAAAAGGGAGUUAUGGCAUGUUGGAGACGUUCACAACAUCCAGUACCACACGGAUCUGACCUGGUACACCAUCACUCUAUGGCAGCAGGCGAUUAGCGGUGGUUGGGCCACGCCGGGGCCAGUCAUCUACCAAACCAACAGCGGUCCCGCGAACGUACUUGACUGGACGGUACAACUGUACGACUUCGAUCUGGAGUCCUCGAACGUCUUUUUCUUUUGGCUGAAGGAGGGAGGCCCCGAAAAUGCGACGGGGCCAGUCAAAGGACAAACAAUGUCGUCCGGUUACUUCAACAUCACCGACCAGCCUUCCCCAACCACCACGUCAUCGUCGUCGUCAUCAAGCAGCACGGUCUCGACCAACCUUUCAACCGAACUCUCAUCAACAUGCUCAACAGCCACUCAACCCACUCUAGACCAAGGAGAAGCCACCGCGUCCAGCAGGGUACCUGGUGAGGGCAGUGGAGGAACAAAUGGAGCAGCUGAAGCAGGAGGAGGAGGAGAAGGAGGGGAAGGGGAAGGGGAAGGGGGAGGGGGAAGCCUCCCGGUCGCCGCCCAGGCAGGCAUCGGCGUGGGCGUUUCCGUCGUGGGGGUCACGGUGGUCAUCUGCGGCAUAUUGUGGUUCCGGUACCUCAGGAAACAACAGCAGAUUCUCCUCGACCUCCAGCGGAGAGCCUACACUGAGCCUCCGCCUCCCGAUACUGAUGUGACCGAGGCGGGGAAGCCACAGGCCUCUCCUCCUACGGUCCAGUAUUACCCUGCGUACGAGCUGGGUCCUCACUCCAGGCCUGCCGAGCUCGGUUGUCCUCUACCAAACCUCAACUAG